UCCACUUUCUUUUCAAGUUGGUCUAUGCUUCAAACAUCAGGCUUGUGUUCUAAGACAGCUUCCUUAGCCGAGUCAACAUUUUAUAGUUCAGACACUGUACAAUGUCGCCCAAUUUCUUUAUAUUCUGUACACAUUCUUGCCUAGCCUGCUCAACUAUCCACAUAUUCGGAAGAGGACAAAGGAGUUUGCUUGAAUCGACUUCUUACAUAAUGGGUUGUUUCUUCUCUGUCUCUUCCUGAUCUGGGUUUAGUCCAAAGUUUCCCUUGAUCAUCUAGUAGCUUGAUACUCCGUUGACCCAGUUCCUGAAUCAUGAUUUAGAAUUCAUAUUCUUGCGUUCAGAGAGAUUGUGAUUAAUUUCCUUCAAUGGGUAUCUUGGUUUCUCUAUCUGAGAACAGAAGAUGCAUAAUUUUCUUGAACAUCUCAUUUCUAUUAGUUGCAUGCGUUUUCUUGAUUAUACAGUUCAAUUCUGCUCGAUUUCUUGUUCUUACCAGCUCACAACCAUCCAAUGACGAUAGCCAACAAGACUGCAAAGGGUUUGAAAGUCUAGAAGACAACCUAGCCAAGUGCCAUUACCUUACAUCACGUAUUAAUCCGUGUGUCUCUGAAGGUUAUAUUGACUACCUUCACCUUUUCUAUUGCAAUUUUGGAAGAAUUCCUCUUUUGGGUCAUUGUCUUCUAUUUCUCUGGCUUCUAUUGUUGUUCUAUUUGUUGGGGAACACAGCUUCUGAAUACUUCUGUUCUUCCCUUGAAAAUUUAUCCAGUCUAUUGAAACUAUCCCCAACAAUUGCUGGGGUUACUCUCCUUUCUCUCGGCAAUGGUGCCCCAGAUGUCUUUUCCAGUUUGGUCUCCUUUAUGGGUAGUGGGACAGGUGACAUUGGCUUCAAUACAGUGCUUGGUGGUGCUUCCUUUGUUACCUGUGUUGUUGUUGGAUUCAUGAGCAUUCUCUUGAAGCAAAAACAGAUUACAGUCAACAAAGCUGCCUUUCUUAGAGAUGUUUGCUUCUUGCUUUUAGUUCUUGCAUCCUUAAGUUUCAUUUUAAUUCACGGAGAAAUCAAUAUUUGGGGUGCAAUAGGAUUCUUGUCCAUGUACAUUUUCUAUGUAGUCUUUGUCUACGUCUCAGACAUCCAUUGGAGUUCAGGUUACUGCAGUGAUUUGAGCAUACCCAUUUUAAGCAGCAUGGGAAAAUUGGAGGUAAAUGUUAUAGAGGAAGGUUCAUUAGAAGAUGUUGCUGAGGUAGAAAUGAAGAAUUGUUGUUUUUGCAUAACAUUGCCUGCUCCUUGUCUUAUGCUUAUUAACAUACUUGAGAUGCCACUUUACUUGCCAAGGAGAUUGACAAUUCCUGUUGUUUGUGAAAAGAAAUGGUCUAAGCCAAUUGCAGUUGCUUCAGUGACACUGGCUCCAGUUCUGUUAUCAGUUCUUUGGAAUCCUCAGGGUGAUGAUGCUGGUUUCUUGAACAGCCUAGUGGUAUAUGGAAUUGGGCUCUUAUUUGGGAUGAUUUUUGGGGUGAUUGCAUAUGUUAGAACUGAGAAUGCAAGCCCUCCAAAGAAAUGCCUGUUUCCCUGGCUUGCUGGAGGAUUCUUAAUGAGUGUGAUCUGGAGUUAUAUCAUAGCUCAGGAAUUGGUAGCCCUGUUAGUUUCCCUUGGAUAUAUAUUUGAAGUAAGUCCUUCAAUUCUGGGGCUAACAGUUCUAGCCUGGGGGAACUCAGUGGGAGAUCUGAUAACCAAUCUGACCAUGGCCUUCAAUGGCAGCCCUGAAGGUGCUCAAGUGGCUAUAUCAGGGUGCUAUGCAGGUCCCAUUUUCAACAUCCUUUUUGGUUUGGGUUUGUCUCUUGUUGGCUCAUCUUGGCAUCAAUACCCAUCUUCUGUUGUGAUCCCAAGAGAUCUGUAUCUGUUGGAAACAUUAUGCUUUUUGGUAGCUGGCUUGCUCUGGGCACUUGUUAUCUUGCCGUGUAGAAAAAUGAGGCUUGAUAGGGUCUUGGGAGCAGGGCUUCUGGCUAUAUACAUAAUUUCCAUGUCUAUGAGGCUGAUUCAAACACUUGGGUCUUUCCAAUUUCAAGUUAUAGAUAGCUAGCCCUAGCAACUUGGCCUGGAAAACAUGUAAUUUUACUUCUGCUUACUAACCAGCUUCUUUGUACAGCAAGUGAUCAGCAACUGUAGUAUAAAAUAUAUGUGUGGGUAUAUUUUUCAUAUGAUUUGAGGCAAUAAACAUAUGUUUUCUUCAAG